AUGCCUUCAGAGCUCAGGAACAUCGCUAUCAUUGGCGGUGGCGGCAGCGUGGGAAACAUAAUCCUCGACACGCUCAUCCGUGAGGUACGCUUCAACGUAACAAUAUUGACACGGAAAUCCAGCACAGCAACAUUCCCGGCAGGAAUUACCGUGAUCAAUACGGACUACUCUCAGGAUGAUCUAGUAGAAAAAUUCAAAGGCCAGGAUGCAGUAAUCUCUGUUGUGGGCAUGAGUGGUUUCAGUCAGCAGAAAUCGUUCAUCGAUGCUGCCAUAUCCGCCGGAGUGAAGCGCUUCAUUCCAUCGGAAUUUUCGUCCAAUACUCUGAGUCCAGCCGUUUUGCAGCUGCUGCCCAUGUUUGGACAGAAGAAAGAAGUACUCGAGUAUCUGAAGGAGAAAGAGUCUUCUGGUUUGACGUGGACUACGAUCUGGCCCGCACUACUCUUCGACUCGGGCCUCAAGAAUGGCUUCUUAGGAUUUGAUAUUGCGUCCCACACGGCAAAUAUCUGGGACCAAGGCACCAGCAAAUUCACCUUGACCAACGACGACCAGCUCGGGCGCUCAGCCAUCGCUGUUCUCGACCGUCCAGAUCAGACAGCAAACAAGAAUAUCUACAUUGCAUCCUUCGAGACUUCGCAAAAAGAGGUCUUCUCUGCACUUGAACAAGCUACGGCUGCUAAGUGGUCUGUCACAGACACCACGACGGAGAAGGAAGUUGCGGAGGCAUCUGAGAAAAUUGGAAAGGGUGAUUUCAGUGGUGCUUUCGCUUUGGUGAGAGCUACUAGCUUCGGAAAUAGGCCAGGACUGCGGGUAAAUUAUGUUCGGGAUGAAGAGUUGUCGAAUGAGUUGCUAGGAUUGGAAUUUGGAAGUGUUGGGGAGACUGUCUCGCGGGUUGUUGGCGGCUUUGCUUAG